AUGGCCAAACCACUUCCAUUACUCUUGCUGCUUUUUCUCUAUUUGCAAACAUGCACAGCAACUGUUCAACAGUUUUUGGCUGGAGCACCAGGCCGAUCCCGCACACGAUAUACGCUUGAUGAUAUUGUCCCCUUGAAACACGAAGAUUCUGGGGCUGUCAAGUGUUGCCCUUUCGGGACCGACUUCGACGGCAAAACCUGUUUACUGGCCGUCCCAGUCUGCCCAGAUGGAACCAUUCAUAAGGACGGCCGGUGCGUAUCCACGAGGGGACCCGAAUGCCCUGCUAGAACGACGCCGGAGGGGGACCUCUGUAUAUCGAGGAACGAACCAUUCUGCCCCACCCCAAUGAAAGUGAAAGGAAACAACUGCAUUUCUGAGCAGGGUCCGACCUGUGAGGGUACGCUCGAACCCAGUGAAAAUGUUUGUAUCUCAAAAGUGCGUCCAUCUUGCCCCGGAAAUGAACAUUUCGAUGGCAAAGUAUGUAUCAGCGACCAGGGAUCUCGAUGUCCUGAGGGCACAGAGGCUUGCGAUGGACUUUGCAUCAGUAAAAAACCGGCCUCCUGCCCUGGGGAUCUGGAGUACAACCAGAGCGCCAAUCGUUGUACUUCCAAGGAACCACCGCAAUGCCCGGAGAUGAGUCACCGCGAAGGCGAUAACUGUGUGUCUGAUAAAGGACCAAAAUGCGCCGGCGAGGGUGAAUUUGAUCCCAAAACCCAGUUGUGUGUGUCUCUCACACCGCCAUCGUGUCCGGAAGGGUCCCUCUUGGAAGGCAAAGAGUGUGUUUCGAUUGAACGCCCUGCAUGUUCCACAGGGCAAAUUUCAACCAACCUCUCAGACGGGUCUGCUCGCUGUUGUCCAGUUGGUCUUUCCUGGGAUGGUCAAAUGUGUACCAUAGCACCUGGCGUCGACGGAAAAUGCCCAGAGGGCACAAUUGAGCAGGACGGCAAGUGCAGGGUCAAAGCCAUCAGUGAACCUUUCUGUGAACCCGAAUAUCGUCUACAAGGUAGUCGAUGUGUCUCCGUACAGGGACCCUUUUGUGAGCCUCCAUUGAUACGAGAUGGGUCUCUCUGUGUAUCAGAGGAAGUACCAAGUUGUCCCUCUGACACCCAUCUGGUUCGGGAUAAAUGUGUGGGGGAGACCAAGCCUACCUGUCCAGAAGAUACCCUCCGCGACCGGGAGCUCUGCGUUAGCAACAACAAGCCUAGCUGUGACGAGGCGAACGGAUUCAAGCUUGUUGGCAACCGGUGUGUUAGUGAUAUUCUUCCAACAUGUGUGGAAGGACACCCCAAGGGUGAAGACUGUGUUACUGCAAGCAGACCAGUGUGUUCAGGGAAGACCAUGACAUUUGACGGUACCAGAUGCGUCUCUGAGAGCAGACCUGAGUGCCCAACAGGCAGCACACUUGACGGCGAUGGAUCGUGUAUCACGAAGAAGACUCCAGCAUGCAAGGUUGGCCAACUAGUGCAGGGAAAGUGUGUAACAGGUAAUCCUGUCUGCUCCAGUGGCACAGUUCUUCAAGGUACCAACUGUGUCAGCCAGGACGAUCCACGCUGCGAUGAAGGCUUCCGCUUUAUCAUGGGGAAGUGUGUAUUUCUAGCCGGACAAGAAUGCGCGGAUGGAUACACCCUCGUCAACGGCGAGUGCGCGUCGAAGGACCACCCUACCUGCGAGCAAGGCGCUAUGUUCAACGGCACAACAUGCGUUGGUGGAAAGGCCCCAUGUCCGGACGGGACCUCCUUCGACGGCACCGAUUGCUCUUAUGAGACUAUUCCCACUUGUCAACACGGAGUUCUCAAGAACAUGAAAUGCGUUGUCGAAAAAGAACCCGAAUGUUCAUACGGAUAUGCCAAGGAUCCUGUUUCCAGAGAAUGUAUCCACACCGAGGGCCCUCAGUGUCCUCGCGGGCAGAAGUUCACUGGUGAACAUUGUGCUCUGGCAGACGAUGACUGUAUAGAAUUCGAGUAUUGCCCUAAUAUUCCCGGCUCGGUUGAUACUUCCCAUGUGGCGGCGGCAUUCGGUCAAAAGUCGUUCCCAGGAGCUUUCUAA